UGUCUCGAGAAAGAUCAGAUCUUUAAACUCUCUCACACUGUCUCUGAUUGAACAAUUUCUCCUUCUGUUCUUAUUAUCACCCUUAAAUCAACAUUUAUUCUUAAUAAUGUUAAAAAUCAUAGACUGUAAAUGUUUGACAUCUACUUUCAUGCAUCACUACUGUUACUUACUAGUCACUCUGCUUUUGUUUCAGCUUCUGCUGCAGCAGCAGGAGGAGGGAGGACUCUUUUCUUCUGCGUUAGUAAUUAUCCUUGUCAGACCCACUAAUUACUGGCCUCUGCCAUUUCCAUAACACAGUCUUUCCUUAUUUUCAUUCACACCUAAAAUUACUUGCGCCCUUCUUCUUUGUCCCUUGCUUGCCUGCUCUUACUUGUUUUUUACUAUGGUUUUUUCUUUCUUUUCUCUUUCAAAUGGCCUUUUUUUUUCUUUUUCUUCUAUUUUUGGCUAGGUGACGGAAGAAUACAGAACGUUUUCAGGUGCACCCACUGGUAAUUAAAGUUUCUAGUUAAUGGCGGCUCAUCCUGGCUCUGCUUCUUCAGUACCUUCGCUGCCCCCACCGCGUCCCAAAUCCCCGCCGGAAUAUCCUGAUUUGUAUGGGAAGCGCCGGGAAAUGGCCCGGGUUCAGGUUCUUGAGAGAGAGAUUGGUUUUCUUCAGGAGGAGUUAAAAUCAGUUGAAGGCCUUCAACCAGCUUCCAGAUGCUGCAAAGAGGUUGUUGAUUUUACGGUCGCAAAUGCAGAUCCUUUUAUACCUCUAAGCCAGAAGAAUCACAAGUCAUGGCGCUUCUGGAAGUGGCUUUGUGGAAGGCUGUGUUUUAACUUCUCUUGGAUUUCUUGGAUGUGCUGUUGCUGUUAUUCUGGGUGCUCUAUUUGUCUAAAAUUGCCACGAUGCUAUUGCUGCAAUCCUUGUAGUUGUAAUCCAUUUGCUUGCUGUUCACUCCCAAAGUGUAGAUGUUUCUCUUGUCCGAAAUCAUGCAGUUGUGGAAAGACCUCAUGCAGCAGAAAUUGUUCUGUCUGUGGGUUCCCUAAGUGCCCGGAUUGCUCUUGUUGCCGAAACUGCUCCCCUUGUUGUCCAAACUGGUUCUCUCGCUGCUUGGACUGCAUACGUUGCCCAAACUGCACCACUUGUUGCCCAGACUGCUUCACUUGCUCAGAAUGUUCAUGUUGGCCAAAAUGCUCUUCUUGUUGUUUCCCAGGCUGUUCAUGUUGCCCAGACCGUUCAUGUUGCCCAGACUGUUCAUGUUGCCCAAACUGUUCAGGUUGCCCAAAGUGCUUGUCCUGUUGUCCGGAAUGCUCUUGUUGCUCAAGUUUCUCAUGUUUACCGGACUGCUCAUGUUGCCUAGAUUGCUCUUGUUGCCAAUGGAAAUGCUCAUGCCUCAAGUUCCCAAAAUGUUCAAAGGUACGCAGUUGUUGCAGUUGUAAAAAGACCUGCUGCAGUUGUAAUCCAUGUCUAUUCUUCUAGCAUAUAUCAUUAGGGAACUUUCAGCUGUCACCUUGCUAAUCUGCUUAUAAUACAACUACAUUAUCAUCAUAAGGGUUUUUUUAAUAUACAUUUCAUUGCUUUUACUGUCCAA